AUAUGAGAAAUUAACAUAAAUAUAUUAUUUGAUAUUUUAAUGAAAACGCAUAUUGUAUGGAUAAUUGUAGAGUUUAAAUUAGAAAAUGUGCAAUUAACUUUGACCUCCAAAAUUACAGAGUAAAUUCAUUUUUUAUUAUUCACUAUAAAAAAUUAUUUUGUUUGUUAAAAUAGGUGUGAAGAAAUAAUCUGAAUGUGCCACUUGUAUAGUGGUUACCGCUCGUAAAAUACAAGGAUGAAUGAUAUGGAAAAAAUUGAAAAGGACACUAUUAGUAUUGAGAAUGAAGAUAUUUGUUUUUGCUGCGGUGAAAGUCAUGACAUAUUUCAUAUGGGUCAAAUAAAUUGUUCGGAUUGUACAAAAUCAUUUAAAACACAAAUGGGCUACGAGCGACAUAUUUUUAUAACGCAUUCAGAAUCCAAUGAAUUUUCUUGUUCUAUAUGUAAUGCAAAAUUGCGCACAUCUGAUUUGAUGAGGUUGCAUGAAGAAGAACACAAAAAUUGUGGAAGAUUUUAUGGUUACAAAAUGAGCGGCAAAGAUUUUGAUUGUAAAUUUGAAUUGAAAUUCCAUCAAAAGUCUACUUCCUGUUUGCUAAACGAUAAAUCGUUAAUUAAAGAUGAUACUACUGAUAUAAAAUUUAAAGAAAAUGAAGUAUUAGAGAUAACUACAGAGCAAUCGUUAUUAAAUAAUGAACUGUGUACUUCAAUAGAAAAUGAGAAUAUAAAAAUAGAACCCAAAAAUAGUAUUUCUGAAAGUCUGUUGGACGUUAAUAAAAACAACAAAAUGUCGGUUGAAGAUGACACAUCUUUACAACAAUUGAAUGAUAAUGAAGUACCUACAGCAACCACAGAGCAAUUGUUAUUAAACAACGAAUUAUACACUAUUAUAACACUAGAAAAUAAGAAUAUUCAAAUGGUACAAAAAACUAUUGUCCCAGGAGGUAUAAUUGGCGCUACUAAUGAAGACAGAAAGCCUCUUGGUGAGGGAGUUGUUUCACAACAAAUUCUCAAAAAUGAAAUAUAUAGUACUAUUAAACAAGAAACUGAUAGUAAUAAUAUAGCAGCGGAAACACCUGCUCCUGAAUGUUUAAACACGCCAUUUAAGUUGCCAACAAAUUUUGACCAAUAA